AUGACCAUGAUCAGGACCAGAUUCGUUCAGAAGCUCUAUAUGAACGUCGCGUUCGAAGAUAGCAAAGCCGGCGUCGUCUGGAAAAAGUAUUCAUUGCAUCUUGGCUCAUUCAAGCCUCAACACGUCUCGCCCGGAGUGUCGUGGACUGAGCAAUUCAAAUUCAACCUUCUGACCUGGACGGUCACUUGCGUCGACGCACCGAACGGUCGAUUACCCAACUCCAUCGGGUUUGAUCCGACUCCGAGUAUACGACCCAAACCAGAGGAGCUUCUCGAGGACGAGUUCGAUGAUCUGGCGGAAGAGUUUCCCGUCUCGACGAGAGAGACGGAGAACAGCAGCGAUAAAAGCAAUGGUACAAUACUCUCCGCAGCCACUCUCGAUGUCAUUACCACAGCACCGCGUCGGGUCGGGCCGCUCUUUCCGGACACUUUGACGGCCUCAACAAAAUGCACAGACAUUGUCAUUCCGGGGUUGGAGUACUUGACGUCAGUCGACCAGCUCAACAUCAAGAAUAGACCGUUGUGCGCCCUCCUCCGUUGUUCGAGAGUCCCAGUGAGGGCAUUCGCCGUGAAGAAUCUUCUGGGUCAGAGAUUAUUCCAGGCCAAGCAAAAUGGUGCAUGUGGAUCUUUCUGUUGUCGACCGUCGGACCCGGACCUCACGCUCAUUCUGGAAGACAAUCAGCGCCGUCAAGUGCUGAAAAUGGCGAAACCGCUUCGGUGUAUAUGCCAUUGUUUCCCGUGUUGCCUGCAGGUUAUCACGGUGACCUCACCCGAAUACGGAGUUCUAGGCUCGGUUCAUCACGAAUGGUCUAUUGCCAAUCCUCGCCUAUCGAUAAAAAAUCCCCAAGAAAAAACGCAAUUCUUCAUCGACGGCCCACCUUGCACGUGUGUCGAGUGCCAACGAGAUGAUACAAUCAAUUUCCCGGUCAUGUCGCAGAAUACAGGCGAGCAGGUCGGCCGAAUAAGUCGUCACUUGACUGCUCAUCCGCAACUCUCCGAGAAGACACUGAAUCCCGAAGAGGAUUACAUCGUCAGCUUCGGCAAGGAUCUGCCUGUAGCGAUGAAAGCCGUCUUUCUGGCGGCGGUAUUCCUUCUAGUGAGUUGA